CUCAGCUUAGUGAACUGCAGGCUGCGGCAUGUACAGCCGCAGAAAUGUUGAAUUGAUUGUCUCCUCCACUUUGGUGACAGACCGCGACCUGUUUAUACAUCGUUUGGACCUAUGUAGUGCUGGUGUCGUAGCCCGGUGUUGAUGGACGUAACUUGAAGCGUUCGAAAUCGAAGUUCCGGGAGUUGGCCCGGUGUUAGGUGACGUAUCAUUUUACAUACAUAAGGCCGGCCCAUCAGAAAUGUGCCUCGUGGGCUAGCUCCCGCGAAGGCAGGCAACGGAGAGCCUCAAUGGGUAUACAUCUUCUCGUCGCUCUCAUUUCACAUCUUCAUUUUGUUGUACCCUCGCUCCGAUCCCUACCACCUCUCACCGAGCUCCACGUCCACUGGCAGGGCAGUCGCACCACAUCUCUAACGGUCAUUUGGAAUAUCAGUUCUGAAGCGAGAUUGAGGGAUGCUGAUGAACGGGAGCGGAAGGAUGUUAGGUGGAGACUAGGCGGAGGGGUGAUUCUGAUAUUGAUUAUGGUGAUGAUGACGAAGAUGAAGAUGGAGAUGGAGGUGGAAGUGGUGUUCUGGCAAUCGAUGGUGGAUCUGGACCCGGAUCUUGAGCCCAGUUUGAAGGCUAUGAAAGGCUUCGUUCAGAGUAUGAGUGCGGAGGGAUCGCGGUAUCGCACGAUGGACGACACCGAGGACGAGCAACGGAUGAGAAUCGAGGACGAGGAAGAAGACGAUGGAAGCGACUUCCAUGGCGCCUAUAGCGACACGAACGAUGAAGAAAACAAAUAAGAAAAGCAGUGCUUGAAGUGGAGGAAGAGAUGGUUAUCGCAGAACUGGAGGGUGGAAAAUCUCGUGAAGCUUUACCCUCAGGUGAUUUUGAUGAAGGGGAAAAUUCGUCGGACAAUGAGCUCAGUCCAGGAGGUAGGUUCACGGCUAAACUCCGUCGACUCCGCGAGAAAUCGCGCUCGAUGAAGCCAGCGACAGCUGCCUCUGGGGGUGAUUCAGCCUGAGAGGAGCAUGAGCAGGAGGAUGCUGCUUUCUCGCGUUGGAA